AUGCCCCAGCUGUCCAAGUACUAUGUUGGCUCACCGUACAAGCUUCAGGUACAUGAAGGCAGUGUGAUAGCCUACUACCUGUCAGAGUUUGAAGUACCACGUGGUCAGGAGGCAGCGGUGGACAAGGCCAUGUCCUCCAUGGACAAGAAUGUUCUCAACAUCCUUCAGUGGAUUUGUGGCUACCACUCUCCCAGCUCCCCCCUGACCUUCCAGUCCUCCCGAAACGUGAUGCUGGUAACCUUGGUUACUAACAAGGAAAAUAACUACCCAGGACUCAGAGCCCAAGUGUCUCAGGUCCCCCGGAACAGCAAAGAGCUGGAAUGUGGUGGCCAGCUGUCAGGAGAGACAGGGGAAUUCCACAUCCCCAAACUACCCAAACUACUAUGCUCCCAACACAGAUGUGAAUGGAAUAUACAGGUCCCUGCUGGUAAGUCAGUGAAGGUCAAGUUCAGUACCUUCCUGUUAUUAGAGCUGGGUCAGGAGAACACUAAGGACUGUAACAAGGACUAUGUAGAGAUCAACAACAAGAGGUAUUGUGGAGAGUUGACCUGUAUU